GGAGAACGAGAAAAGCUAUGGGUUUCCACACCUUAUGGAGAUUCUUACAAACCUUCUCGAAUGUUUCUGUAACAGUGCAAUCAAGGGAAAAAUAAUUAUUUUCUUUACCUAAUGUAGCGUCAAACAACUUUCUGUCUCAGCAGACACACAACCAGGACGCCAAUAUUCUUGUUUAUUCACAAGCAGUUGGGCUUAGUUUCUAUUCUCCGACAAAAGAAAAAACCCCCACAGCGCUGACACAAGACUUGAAAAGCGAAAUCACGCAGGUUCAGCACUAAGGUGAACCAGCAGUUGUAUUCCUUAGAGCUGACUAGAUCUGUUCAGAAUAGUAUCUGUCUCGAGAGAGAAAGACGACUAAACGUUUUAUUCUCAACAAAGUUCAAUUUUUAAGCUGGAUACUGUAAUUAACACACAAAUGUGGAAGUGAAAUUAAACAACUGAAUAUAAGCCGAUAAAUAACAAAGGUGAUUUGAGCUUGUUUCAAAGACAAUUCCCUAUUUGUACGACGGGCAGAUAAGAUAUGGAACCUCUAUAACGUGAAGAAUCUCAAAACCUAGAAACUCACUCAGUACGCCACGAAAAAAAAUCAGAGAUUUUAAAUCAGGGAACCUAAAGCUGAUUGAAAGACACCCAAACUCUUUAACCCUACGAAAUUUUAAUUUUAAUUGUAUGGCGAUUAAAAUAUAAAUAUAUAUUGAAUAAAGCCGGAAGGCCCUCAAUUAAGGAAAGUUUCUUACGCGGAAUAUCUUUUUCUUUAUAAAAGUGAGAAGUUAAAACAAUUAGAAGCGCUUUCAAUUCUUAAACAAUCUACAAAACUAGAAAAUCCCCACUCACUAAGUGACGGAAAAUCAGAGAUUUUCAAUAAAGAAGACAAAAGCUGCAUAAAUAAAAUACUGGAAACGUCUGGGUUGAUGGCGCAAUUUUGCUAACUGACCGGACAAUGUUGAAAUAAUUUUCAUUAAUCGUAAAGAAACAGAUCAAAAUUAAAUGUCUUCUCAUCGACAAUUCCAAUCCGAAUAGCGCAGUAUACUCUUAUCAUCUUGUUUCCAUAAUCGACACGUGAACUCUCCUUCAUAAUUUCCACACAACUUUACCAUUGCCUCUUUGGAGAAUUUACAGGUUCAAAUGUUCAAGCUUAUACUUUAUAUUUAUUGUCGACACCUUCCUUCUGAACGAAAAAAAAAGCGUUUUUCACCCUUAGGCUUAAAAUGUGAAAAAUCAACCAUAUUGACAAACGUCGAAGCGAUAUGCAAACAUGGUAUUCUUAUGCUAAUUUAUCGCCCAGUUGAUGUGAAUUGCAGAUCCCAUUUGCUGACGGAAUUAUAUCAUAGAAACGUGCCCGAAAAAAAGCGACGAAUUCCUCCUGUAAGAUUCAAAGGUAAGUCAGCUCUAAUCAUAUGCUUUACAACCUGUCACUUAGCCGCAAACUAGAAAUCAACAGCGUUGGUGAAAUUAUCUUCCGCACUGGGUAGGAAGGCCAUCCCUGGAGUUGUCAAGACAUAUUAAGUCAUAAUUUACGGUUCGUAAAAUCCCAGAUCGAAAGAAACUUAAACGUUAAAACAGUAAAUCAACCUGAAACAAUGAUGGUUAAAAAGCGGGGAGAUUAAGCACAACUUAGGAUGUAUGUUUUACAGCAUGCGUCAACUCGCAACGCAGCUUCUUCACCGUUAUAUAUUUGUGUAUCGAUUAAAGAAGACAAUUCUCUCCACCAUUUACAGUCCCUCGAAGAGAGCUGCUAUUUACAGAACAAAGGAGAGGAAAUGACAAUAUCUGAUUUCAGAUCACAUCCUAUUUCCUUGAGAGAAAUCCUUUCGGCAGUCCACUUCUAAAGGUGCCUAGGAGUUACAUGCACCUUAUUUUUUCUUUCUUUCAGAGUUUCUUCUAGUUACUUGCCUACUUGACGCCUUUAGCGACGGGUAUCUACGAUUAAAUUUCACAUAAUUAUAUUUAAUGCAACUCGAGUUUUGUGCAUCUGUUUUUCGCUCUAUACUCGUCUUCUACUCUUUCAAAGUGUUUUCCAUUGAUAAGCAAAUACAUUUGAAUUUGUAUACAUCAGACUAUUACAAAAGAGUUCUGAAAGAAAAAUAAAUUGCUCACGGGAGGUUAAGCUGAACACUUCUAUAAUCAGUGGAACCUUCAAGAGCUGACCAAUAGGUUUUCAGCUUUUAAAGACAGCUCUAUAAAUCACUUGACAGAAAUGUGAACUUCACCGAGUUUUUAAUUACACCUUUGUUUUCGUAAUCUACACUUCUGUUUGUAAACUAUCUUUGUAUUUCAGUAGCAGAAAACAAUAUUAUUCCGAACUAAGAAGGAGAUAAUGCUUUUGGCCUUGGGCAAAAUCUAAGAAAUUUAUUCCCUGACACAGAGCGUUUUUUCUAUUAUUAUUAUUUCCCAGAUUUUCGAAAGCAGAGUAAAGUAAGACAACUGAGUUGUAAAACAGCUGUUGAAAAUCCAAACAUUAAGCGUUAAAUGCUUCCUUCGCGUAAAAACUAAACACAAAACACUUUCGCCGCCAAAACAUCUCGUUUUAAAUGCUUCGCACUGACAUAUCAUUGAUCCAGUUACUAAGAGAUUUUCAUUCAACAUAGUUAAUGCCUCUUAUUGGUUUUUUGUUACAGUGAACAAACUUUGAUGUUGUCACUUUUGCUAGACCACUCCACACAGAGCAAAGAUUUCGACUUCCCCACGGAGAGAAGCGUUAAAAUACUUGACGCCUAAGCUACUACUAGCCGGAUUUCACUGAGACAGAGGAAGAUAGAAUGAGAAAUUGAUAAAAAUAAUUGGCAGAACCCCAAGGACAACUGCUGUUCUCGCUUGAUUUCAAAAUUUAAAUACGAGAAACUCUUCGCAACUUGUCACGAGCAGCCGGAGGGGGAACAGACACGUUUUAUUAGGAAAGGAAUCGACAUUAGAAAAUACUGCAAUGGCCAAUGAAGACAACAAAGCUAUACUAGCGCUGUGAAAAUUACAAUUUGGAACUUCACUGAACCAACUAGGAAAGUCGACCGGAUCUUACUGUUAGUUACUCUAAACAAAACGUUCCAAUAUGCACGCGUCCACGGACGAGAUUUUUCUGAUCACAGCCUACACCAUUGUGGUCUUAAUUGGAAUCUGCGGCAACUCACUGGUCAUAGAAGUGGUCCGAAAAAAGCGCUCUAUGCAUACAACCAUGAAUUUCUUGCUAGUCAAUCUCGCCAUUGCGGACCUGUUGACUCUUCUCUGGUGUUUACCCGGGACGAUUCUCUCCUACACCGCACAGCCGAGCGGGCAGCUAGGAACUUUCCUUUGCAAAUUCAUUACAACGCAUAGCAUCGCUGGCAUUGGUAUGAUCGUAUCUGGAUUGACGUUAACCUUAAUCUCUGUAGAGCGGUACAAGGCACUCGUGACUCCAAUGGAAACGCGUUUUCGGCUCAGCAAAGGAAACGUCCUUUACGCCAUUGUGUGCAUUUGGGUUUUCGCCGUUGUUUACGUUUGUCCGCUGUUCGUUUUCGAGACGUACGACGAGGAAACAAAGGGAUGUGUUACCCUGUGGCCUGCGAAAGCCAGCGCCUACUGGAUCAUACUCGCUGUGAUAGUAAUAACAGCGUUUGUUACGAUGUUUGUGUGUUAUUUCAGCAUAAUCAAAGGUCUGUAUUUCACCAACACGAUUUGUUCGUCUAACGCGAACGCCGGUGGAGAAAACGAUGCAAUCGUCAAGCGAAAAAUCGUCAAGAUGUUGCUAAUUGUCACAAUCGCGUUCGUGUUUUGCUUUUUUCCAUACUCGAUCGCCACAGCUACAAACAUUGCGCAGACCAGCGCGUUUUAUAAGAUCUCGUAUUUUCUGGUUUAUUGUAGUUGCAGUUUAAACCCUAUAACUUAUGCCUUGGGAAGCGCAAAUUACCGUACUGCCUUCAAGGAGGUUUUAAACGAGUUCCGGUUCUGUCACUUCUAUUUUGGAGGCAUGUCUGAAAGCGAUGCUCUCUAAGACAGAAAAAGCCUUUGUAAGAAAAGACUGAAAAAUAUCUUCUUACUUGAUCACAUUGUUAUGUACGAUCUACGCGAAAGUUCAAAGUGUUCUGCGUGCCUUGUAACAAUUGUUACAACGAUAACGGUAUCCUAGCUUGACAUUUUGCGCAUAACUCUCAGCGCUAUGAUUAUUUUUGAAUAUUAAAAAAACAACUUUCGUUUUUCUCAGUCGCAAGGUUUCGACUAAGAAAGUAUCUUAAUCCAUUCUAAAUCUGAUGUUCUCGUUUACCACAGAACAUCCAGGAUUUCAUUUAUAAAAGAACUUUUCCGUUUAAGGAUUAAGUUUAAACGAUUACGCUGCCUCCAGCGUGAGAAAGAAAGAAAGAAAACAAGCGUUUCUUCACACCAAUGUCGAACAAUAUGAUACAUUUUUCCAUGCUAUAAAAGAACAAAAGGAAACUGAAAUAAAAGAUAAGGUAAACCCUAGAUAACAGUACGAUUCGAAUUCUUUAUUAUGGUAAGACCUCUUUUGGUUAGGGUGUGACCUUUAUCCUGCUUUCUGAUAACUGGUUUCUUUUGUCCGGAAGAAAUUUAGCCACCUUGAACACUGUCUUAUUUGCAAUAUUCCCAUUCCGCAAAUGCGCUUUUAAAACACAGGAUUUAAUUUCAAAGUCUAUUUAGAGAAAGAUGUCUUUUGUGAUCUCCGCUGUUUGAAAAGAAGUUCCAGAAAAUGCAAAACAAAAUGAAAAUUUUCUUUAGUAAUAUCCGUUCAUUUAAUUCAUUUACCAUUUGUAUAGAGUUCCAACGCCACAUAAUUGUGGAGCGAUCCAGUCACAGCAUCGAGUGCUAAUGUAGUUGUUUAGCUUUAUUACUUGAAACUAAAUAAAUUUCUGUUAAGUUGAAAGACUGACGCCACAUUUAUUUUUGUCAAUUUAACACGUUAUUAAUCCAAAAAGCUUUUUCCACUCGUAUUAAACGUGCAUUCAAAUUUGACAACAAUUCUAGAAGCCUAAACGAUUUAAAUCAACAAGUUCUUGUUAAAAUUUCUCUUGAGAUAAGUGCAUAGGAAAUGCGAAAAUGGCUGAACGAUUCGCCCUAAGUAAUCUUGCCAAGCGCGGUUUAAAUGUUGAAGCUCUUUACUCGAAGAAAAAAAAACAACAACGACAGCAACAAAAAAGAAAUUAAAAAAGCCAGUUUGCAAUAAGCUUUUGUCCUCUCACUGCGCGUAGCAGUGAUUCUUGUCAUCACAGUGUCACUUAAAAUUGUUGUAUAUAAUCUCGUUUAGCGCGCUCUUGUUUAUUAAACUUAUCGAACGGAAUAUAAAGAAGCAGGUUAUUAGUUUGAAGUAGGAUGUAUUUCUAGUUACGUCAAGUUUAUUAAUCCUUUUGUUUCAGGCAGUUGGGUUGUAAUUACUCGAUUAUCACUUCAUGUAAUUCAAUAACAUUCACGCCAUGCUCAUCAAGCAGAAAAAAGCUCUAAAUAUCUUACAAGUGCACCUCAGCUGUUACCACAGCAUUAUAUCUUGCUGCUGUUUGCGUAACAGUUGGGUAAAAGGGAUGAAAACGAGGCAUUUGCCUAUCGGCAUGCAAGCGAGGCGAUGUGAUAGCAAUUUCCUCCAAUCACUGAGAGGAUGGCUUCCGCUCACGGGCUCAGGGCCAGUUUACGCAGCCUCAGUCAAUAAAAGCAGCCUUUAUCAAGAAUAGACCCUUUGCCAAAUGAUACGUUCAAGAACUUAUGACUCAGUACUUUUAAUUAAGAACAGAGCGCUC